AUAAAUACCUACAAUCUAUAUUUACACGGGCAUUGUUCAUGUCUUGCUUUUGAAUCACAAACUAUAACAAUUUAAAUAUAAUUUAUCAAGAGGGAAAAAGUUGUGACGUAGAUGUGGGUACUUUUAUUUACUUCCAAGUCAGACUGGAGAAAUGGCGGGUGUUAACAGAGAUACAAUGGAUGAUUUGGAGGAUGGAGAGAUUUCUGGAUCAAACUCUGAUUCGGAAAUGGGAACCACAGUUGACGUUAAACCCCAGAUGCCUGCAGCAGCUCCUGUUUUCAGUGGCCAGUCUUUCCAGAGUAGGGCCCUUCCACAGACAGCCACGUCAGCCACAAGCUACCGUAGCACCAUGAGAACUGCGGACUCCAGCGAUAGCGAACCAGACUCGGAUGAGGACGCAGCGGUGUGGAGGCGGAAGCGGCAGAAGUGCUCCAACGCUCCCCAACCUGCCCCGGUCCCCACUCCCCACUUCGGAGCCCCCCAGGCUAACCAAGGCGGCCGCAAAGUCAACAACAUCUGGGGCUCUGUGGUUCAGGAGCAGACCCAGCAGGCAGUGGAAGCUGAGCUGGAUUUCCUUGGUGUGGAUGGUGCCAUUAGCAUGGCCAGCAGGCAGGUGGAGACCUACAACUACGUCCUGGCCCGCAAGCUCAUGGAGAAGGAGAGGGAGGAACAGGAGCCGGGUGAGGUAGCCAUGUUGGACACUCAGCUGGACGAGUACAUGAAGCGUGGCGGGCCGGCCGCCGAAGAGAAUGGAGGUGGCCAUUUUAAGAGGAAGCGAUCGGCCAAAGAGCGGCUGGGCCCCAGGGCUGAGAUGGACAUCGAGGGUCGGUAUGAGAUCACAGAGGAAGACCCAGACGACAGGGUGAUUGAAGAGAUAGCCUACAGGCUACAAGAGCCCAAAAAGGAAUUGAUUGAGCGAAUUGUGAGAGUCAUUGGGAAGAAGAAAGCAAUAGAACUGCUUGGAGAGACCGCCACACUUGAGGAAACUGGUGGUGUGUACAUUAUGGAUGGCAGCAGGCGACGGACUCCUGGAGGGGUGUAUCUCAACUUGCUGAAGAACACUCCCAGUAUCUCUAGUGAGCACCUUAAGGAAAUAUUUUACGACGAAACCCAGAAGGAGUAUAAGGGCAAGAAGUCAGCGCAGAAGCGAAGGCGACACGUGGUUGCCAAGAAGAUGAAGCAGGCCAUCAACACACUGAACCUGCAGGAACACGACGAAGUCUCCAGAGAAACGUUCGCAAGCGACACCAACGAGGCCUUGGAGUCUCUCGGGGUGGUUGCCGAAGAGGAGUGCCAACAGGAACCGGAACCAGAACCUGCCAUGGGCACUGAGGACACACCCGUAGUCUACAAUGCUGCCGACCUGGAGGUCUUUUGAUCCAAAAUGGCUGCCCAGUGUCUGAACUUAUGCACGUCCCAAUGAGGAUGUCCCAUGAGGCUGUGGCAUCCACUGUGACAGGUGGACGCUGCUCAGAUACAAAAUGGUGAAUGCACUGUAAGUUACUGUCCACUACAGCGCUAUGUAAUACUAGACCUUCAUCCUCAUGUUUGUCUAACAGAUUAAGUUGUCUUCUUUAUCAAUCAGUUGAAGACCAACACUUGCAUCAGGAUUUGUUAGCAUUAGUAACGUGCUUACAGAGCAACUAGUUAGUAACCACAGAUACCACCUGACUGAUAAUUUCAACAGAAUGUUUUUCUCCAUAAAUGGAUACCAACCCCUCAUAUAUUUGCAUCCUGGAAAGCAUAAGAUUUAGUAUGGCUUUUUUUUUUACUAAUGCUCUUUGUCCACAAUGUCAAAUGUAAAGUAAAAAUAUGGCAUGUAAGGCAAGAAAUGUGGCACCACUCCAAAGGAAUGGCACAAUCAGUAUGCCAGCUACAGUACUUGCUAUCUACUGUAUAUGUUUAUAGGGAGUAUUUGUUUGUGAGCUAGUUGGAUUGAACAGGAUCUGAGUGUUUGUCAUGUACAGGGGAACUGCACUAAGACCAAUCCUUAGAAGUAAGAUCAAAUCCGUUUUGAGAUUUUUCUUUAUAUAAAAUUUGUUUGUUCGACCCUUUUAAAAGAAAACAUUUGAUCACAUGCCAGUGAUUUUGAGUGUUGUGAAAAAUGCAUGCAUCUUCAGAGGACCCAUGGUCUGUUUUUAAUUUGUUUAUGUUGAGAUGGGUUCGGAUUAUUUUGCGUUGUGAGAUAAAGCACUAAAUUGUUCCAGUUUCCUAACCCAUUGCUGCCCCCCUCCGUCUCUGGACAAGACAUCUCGGAAAAAUACAUUUCCUGUGUUUUAACACAUUCCUUACAUAAAAUAUUAUUAAACUCAUUCAUUGUCCACCCUUUGCUUUAAUACAAUAUGAUGUAAUCAAUUGUA